AUGAUCGCGGGCAUGUCGCCGGCCGACAACCGCGCGCUAUUUCGAAACUUCAAUUACAGAUCCGACGCGGAGUACGUGGUGAGAAUCGCCAAGAUCCUGCUGACGCCCGUCGGCCUCUGGCCGCUCUACGGGGACGAUUCCUUGACAGACAAAGUCAAAUACUAUUCCCAGACGAGCGUCGUGUUCUGCUUGAUGUGCUUUCUCCUCGUCCCGCACGUCAUAUACACCUUCUUCGACGCGGAGGACCUGACGAGAUACAUGAAGGUCAUAGCCGCCCAGGUGUUCAGUCUGCUGGGCAUCAUCAAGUUCUGGACGAUGAUCAUCAACAAGAACGACAUCAAGAGCUGUCUGCAAGUGAUGGAGUCUCAGUACAGGGACGUGGAGAGCGAGGAGGAUCGGCUGGUGAUGAUGAAGAACGCCAAGGUCGGCAGGCAGUUCACGAUGACGUACCUGGUACUGCUGUACGGCGGCGCGUUGCCCUAUCACAUAAUCAUGCCGCUGCUGGCGGACCGGAUCGUCAAGGAGGACAACACGACUUGCCUGCCCCUGCCCUAUCUCAGCGACUACGUCUUCUUCAUGGUGGAGGACUCGCCGUUCUACGAGAUCCUCUUCGUCGUCCAGAUCCUGUUCAGCACCAUGAUCCUGUCCACGAACUGCGGCGUUUACAGCCUGAUCGCCAGCUGCGUGAUGCACGCCUGCUGCUUGUUCGAGAUCGCUCGCAGGCAUAUGGAAACGUUGCUGGUCGGUGGGACUGAUAGUAUUCAUGAACGAUUCAGCUGGAUAAUCACGCAUCACAUGAAAGCUCUCAGGUAUGUCGAAAUGAUCGAAAAUUCAUUAAAUUUCGUCUUUCUGUCAGAGAUGGUUGGAUGUACUAUUAUCAUAUGCUUUCUUGAAUAUGGAGUUCUCAAGGAAUGGGAAGAUAAUCAAAUGUUUGGCGUGAUCAUAUAUUUCAUAUUAGUCACUUCAAUUUUUGUAAAUGUCUUUACCUUGUCGACUAUCGGCGAUCGUCUUAAGGAAGAGAGUGUAAAGAUUGGAGAGGUGUCGUAUUCCAUCAACUGGUACACGAUACCGACAAAAAACGUGAAUAAUUUAAUUAUGGUGAUGAUCAGAUCGAAUCGUCCGUCGACUUUGACAGCUGCUAAAAUGUUUGACAUUUCUCUUCACAGUUUUUGCGACGUGUGCAAGACAUCGAUGGCGUAUUUGAAUUUUAUUCGAAUGCUUACGACGUAAAAUGAUUUAUAUUAUUCCAAAUAAUUACUCCAAAUUCGCCAUCUACUGAAAUACUAAUUUUUUGUCCCGCUCAAAA